AUGCAUUAUCUCAAUGAUUACCUUGAACUACUCGAACCGUUGCGUGAAAUCAUGCGAGAAAAAUUAACAUUGAUGCGUGAGAAAGAUCUGAAACUACAAGUUGACUGUACUCAAUUAGAAGAUGAUUCAACCGAAUUUCUCAAUAGUUACCGUCUUUAUCAGAAGCAAUCGUCACUCUCACCGACAAAAUCGAAAAUUCAAACACGCCCAUCAUCGUCAGAAACAAAUGACCAAACAUCCGAAUUAACACCCGAACAAUUAGCGGCUCAGCAACAAAAACAAGCGGAAUACAAUAAAAUCGUUGACAGACAUCAACAAUUACUGCAAACGACAGAAGCAAAGAUUGCGCUUGCAAAUGAUUCACAUGAAUUCGUCGAACGAUAUUUCAAAAAACUAGAAAAUGACUUACAUAAGUUCAAAAUGGAACUGGAGGCUGACUAUUCGGGCUUAACAGAAAUCUUAGAAAAACGUUUUGCAAAUGAAGCAUGCAAUGACUACGAAGAAAAAUUUAAUGAAAAUGCCGUUCUUGAGCCGUCACUACUCGAUACUGAACUUUUAUUUGAUCCGUUCGAUGAUUUAACUCUACCAAGAUCUUUGACGGAUGAUUAUAGUGAUCAGUUAUCAUUAAAUUAUUUAUCGUCAUUGAAUCGUAAAGCACAGCAACGUCUUCAAUCGUCCAAUUCAUCUGUGUCCUCUCGAGGUCGCAAGCGUUUGCAAAGUGCUUCAUCGACAAAUCCGACGGAUAAACGAAAGCGCACUACUCUCAAUGACUCCCAACAUUUUCAUCCAAGUGAUACCGAUGAAUUAUCGAUAAAUCCAUAUGCUCAUUUGAAAAGCUCAUCAUUUGAUGAUGAGAAAUACGUUGAUGUCGAUUCAACACAAGCUCUACUAAAUUUAAAUGAACAAACAGCAGCGGCAGCAGCCACCACCGAUGAGCGUCGGUACUGUUUUUGUAAUCAAAUUAGCUAUGGUGAUAUGAUAGCAUGUGAUAGCUCAACAUGUCGCCGAGAAUGGUUUCAUUACUCAUGUGUAGGAAUAGUUACACCUCCCAAAGGCAAAUGGUUUUGCUUUGACUGUACACAAUCCUUACAACAGCAGCUAAAUAUGCAUAAAUAG